AGCCUUUGGGCGACUAUGGGAGAGCAGCUGCGCCUUUGUGGGUCUUUGUCGCUUUAAGAAACGCGCUUGAAGGCUUUUUUUGUUCUUCUCGUGUAAUUGAUCGCUGAACUGUGAGCCUGUUUUGGGGCCGGAGACCCGUGCCGAAACACGGAGGAGCCGCUAUAUUUGAAGGAAAUUGUAUUUGCAGCCAUUUCCCCCCCAUUUUCUGUUUCGCAGGUUUAGCGUAAAAGGCUGAAUAACGGCGCCGCUUUGAGACCCAGCACCAUCCCAAAUCCGGGUGAUGCUGCGGCACAGCCCCUUCCCCCAGUAGCGGCACCGGCUAAUGGACCAGCAGAACCAGCGGACAGCACCGUGAAGUGAACUUUUCGCUAUCAUGACGACCCAAGUUACCCUCGAAGAUGCUCUGUCCAACGUGGACCUGCUGGAGGAGCUGCCGCUCCCAGACCAGCAGCCCUGCAUCGAGCCCCCCCCCUCCUCCAUCAUGUACCAGGCUAAUUUCGACACCAACUUUGAGGACAGGAACGCAUUCGUCACCGGGAUCGCCCGCUACAUCGAACAGGCCACCGUCCACUCCAGCAUGAACGAGAUGCUGGAGGAGGGCCAAGAGUACGCAGUCAUGCUGUAUACCUGGCGAAGCUGCUCUCGUGCCAUUCCACAGGUGAAGUGCAACGAGCAGCCCAACCGAGUAGAGAUCUACGAGAAGACAGUAGAGGUUUUAGAACCUGAAGUUACCAAGCUCAUGAAAUUCAUGUACUUCCAGAGGAAGGCCAUCGAACGCUUCUGCAAUGAAGUCAAGCGUCUCUGUCAUGCCGAGAGGAGGAAGGACUUUGUGUCCGAGGCCUACUUGCUGACGCUUGGCAAGUUCAUCAACAUGUUUGCCGUGCUGGACGAGCUGAAGAACAUGAAGUGCAGCGUGAAGAAUGACCACUCUACAUACAAGAGGGCGGCCCAGUUUCUGAGGAAAAUGGCCGACCCGCAGUCUAUCCAGGAGUCUCAGAACCUGUCCAUGUUCUUGGCCAAUCACAACAGGAUCACGCAGUGUCUUCACCAGCAACUGGAGGUGAUCCCAGGUUACGAGGAGCUACUGGCCGACAUCGUCAACAUCAGCGUGGACUAUUACGAGAACAAAAUGUACCUCACUCCCAGCGAGAAGCACAUGCUGCUGAAGGUCAUGGGCUUCGGGCUGUACCUGAUGGACGGCAACGUCAGCAACAUCUACAAACUGGACGCCAAGAAGAGGAUAAACCUCAGCAAGAUUGACAAGUUCUUCAAGCAACUCCAAGUCGUUCCCCUGUUUGGGGACAUGCAGAUCGAAUUGUCCCGAUACAUCGAGACCAGCGCCCAUUAUGAGGAAAACAAGUCCAAGUGGACAUGCACCCAGAGCAGCAUCAGCCCACAGUAUAACCUGUGUGAGCAGAUGGUGCAGAUCCGUGACGACCACAUCCGCUUCAUCUCGGAGCUGGCGCGCUACAGCAACAGCGAGGUGGUGACCGGCUCGGGCCUGGACAGCCAGAAGUCCGACGAGGAGUACAGGGAGCUCUUCGACCUGGCGCUCAGGGGCCUGCAGCUGCUGUCCAAGUGGAGCAGCCACGUCAUGGAGGUGUACUCCUGGAAGCUGGUCCACCCGACCGACAAGUUCUGCAACAAGGACUGCCCCGGCACGGCGGAGGAGUACGAGAGAGCCACGCGCUACAACUACACCAGCGAGGAGAAGUUCGCCCUGGUGGAGGUCAUCGCCAUGAUAAAGGGCCUCCAGGUUCUCAUGGGCCGCAUGGAGAGCGUCUUCAACCAGGCCGUCCGGAACACCAUCUACGCAGAGCUGCAGGACUUCGCACAGAUGACCUUGAGGGAGCCCCUGCGACAGGCUGUACGCAAGAAGAAGAACGUCCUCAUUAGGUAGCGCGGUAGCUCCGUCCUAGGACCCUGUGCCAUGUAGGCGUCCGUGCAGGUGCCAGAGAUAAAAAUCGUGUUCACUAAUAAUCAUAAAAUGAAACGGUCAGCAAACACAAUUUAUGGAACCUAAUCGGAGGGCCCAGGAGUAUGAGGUCAGUGGUGACAUCCUUCUGCUCGCUCAUAAAUGUCCUUCACGGCCAUCCGUCUUCCAGGAUUGCUGAUCCGUAAUAGUGUUGUGCAGCCUAUCUCAGAGAAGAAGGCAGCAGGGCACCGUGGAGGAUGC